GGUAUAUCUUUUUCGAAUGACACACAUUAUAUCGUAAUACCCUUGUAUUUCUAGACAAUGGAGUAUCUGAUUCUAAUCCUGUGCUCAUUGAGCGUGGCUUUAGCCACGUACCCGCCUUAUGGACCAUCAAUCACGAGAGGUGGGAUGUCCAGUAAUUUUAUUGGCGGUAUACAGCCAGGCUAUUCCUCCUCAAUGACAGGAAGCUUCCAGCCUGGAUAUAGAUCUACAGGAUACAUGGGGAUAUAUCAACCACGUUUCAAUUCGAUCAACAAUCGCUUUAUGUCGGGAGGUAGCUCGUUAGGUGGAGGAAUCGCAGAAUCGGUUGCGCCGGUAUAUACAGGGGGAAUUGGGAUGGCUCCCAGGACUUAUACGAGAACCAGAAUCACUGUAUUCCCGCCUGCUGCUGGUACUGGAACUUCGUCAUUUACCGGAGGUUACAGUGGCUAUAAUGGAAUGCCUGGUUCCGCUCCUUAUAUGGCUGGUGGUAUGACGGGUGUAGCCGGUAUAAAUCCCUAUUUAACUGGAACUGGAGGCAUGACGAGCAUAGCCGGUGGGUCACCGUUCAUGGCUGGAGGUACCCCAGUGUCUGGCAGUUUCAACAUGGGUGGUAUUGGAGGACAAUCAUCAAUGACAUAUGGAUCAGUUUAUCCCUAUGCAUCAGUUUAUCCCUAUGCAUCAGGGAUGGCUACAGGAAUGAACUUUCCGCAAAUCCCCACUGGUAGCUUCAAUGGUUUCGGGGGAUGGAAUUCUUUUGGAGGUGGCAAUUCCGGGUUUAGCCCAAUGAUGUAUAAUAAGAAGCGAGGAGCCUAUUGAAGACGGAGUAUGGGAAAUAUAUAAUGUAACAAUAUUUCAUAGCUUUAGUUAUACAUAUAAAUUACAAACAUCUUCCUUGCAUUUUGUUACAAAAUUACACGUUUAUGAAUGAACAUUGAUGUAUUUUAUGUUUAGGUACUACAUCUCCGACAAUAGGGUAAUUAUUAUGUAAAUAACAAAAGGAUGUUAUAUACAUUUGUAUAUAUAAAAAAAUAGUUACGGUAUUACCACACUCCAAAAGUUUGUAUUUCCUAAUCUACAGUAAAUGAAUAAUUUACCACAAAAGAAAUUUGAUCCUGCUGUGCCUCUAUAUCUGUUACUCAACUUUCGGUCUGCUAAACGAUACUAUUAACAUAUCAUUACAUCUAUUACUAAAGUGAGCCCAGAUAGUUGUAAUUCGUUUGCGUUAAUUAGAAAUUCAGAUAUAUAUCCAUACCCUGGAAGACUUUUGAUGCAUGUUUUGUGACAACCUGUAUAAAUGAUGUCUGCGAUUAAGCAUCUUUAAUACCCUUAUAGUUUAAAUUCUGUACUUACCUGUUUACAUAUUUAUAACUUGAUAACUUAUCUGAUCAGACUUUGUACACUUCGUACGCCUUAACUUAUAUAUACAUAUUUCUACCACAAUACCCUGUGUUAUUCAACUCUAAGACCAUCAGUUAAUCAUUACAGCUGUUGAUUAACAAUCUGUUUAUACCACACGUGGUAUAAACUCUGUACGCAUUUCGAUUGGCUAACACAGUAAACUUUGACCCAAGUUGCAAUUGUUAUUGACGUCAUCAAUAAUCUAAUGACGUCACAUCACCGGGUCCCGGACGUCACCGGUACACUUUAUUUGCAUACGCGAAAUUAUACUUGGC